GCGGCCGGAGCCCCCGGGAUCCGCCGGCACCUCCCGGGCCCGGCACUCGCCACCGCCGCCAACUUCGGCCGGGAGUCGCCCUCGGUUCCCGGAGCUCAGCGCCGCCGCGGCGACGGGGAGAGAAGCGCCGGCAGCCUCCCCCCGCUCCCUUUUCGCUGCCGGCGGGGGGCUCGGCCCUGCGCGGCGACGGGGCCGCGGCCCCCGGGGCAGGUGCGUCCCCUCGCGGUCUCGGGCCGCCGCGACGCCGCGGCGAGGGGCGCGGAGCCCCGUACCCGCCGCGGGCGCCCGCUCACCUGCCGCUGCCGCCGCCCGGGGACGCGGCGCCCGGGAGAUGCAGGGCGCCCCGUCCCGGCGGCCGGCUCUGCGGGGGCUGCCCCAGCGCCGCCGCCGCUCGCAGCCCACCAUGACCGGGCCGAGACUGGCCCUCGCCGCCGCCCUGCUCUGCAGCUGCACCUCGCCGGUGGCCGACGCCAACUCCUGGUGGUCUUUGGCCAUGAACCCCAUCCAGAGACCUGAGAUGUACAUCAUCGGCGCUCAGCCGGUGUGCAGCCAGCUGCCGGGGCUCUCCCCGGGGCAGCGCAAGCUCUGCCAGCUCUACCAGGAGCACAUGGUGUUCAUCGGGGAAGGGGCCCGCAGUGCCAUCAAGGAGUGCCAGUACCAGUUUCGGCAGCGGCGGUGGAACUGCAGCACGGUGGACAACACCUCCGUCUUUGGGCGAGUUAUGAAAAUAGGUAGCCGGGAGACUGCUUUCACCUACGCUGUCAGUGCUGCUGGGGUGGUGAACGCCAUCAGCCGGGCUUGCCGUGAAGGAGAGCUCUCCAGCUGUGGCUGCAGCCGGACUGCCCGGCCCAAGGACUUGCCCCGAGACUGGCUGUGGGGUGGCUGCGGGGAUAACGUGGAUUAUGGAUAUCGUUUUGCCAAGGAGUUUGUGGACGCGAAGGAGAGGGAGAAGAACUAUGUGAGAGGUUCAGAGGAGCAGGCUCGUAUGCUGAUGAACUUGCAGAACAACGAGGCUGGUCGCCGGGCCGUGUACAAGCUGGCGGACGUGGCCUGCAAGUGUCACGGUGUGUCGGGCUCCUGCAGCCUCAAGACCUGCUGGCUGCAGCUGGCUGACUUCCGCAAGGUGGGCGACCUGCUGAAGGAGAAGUACGACAGCGCCGCUGCCAUGAGGAUCAGCCGCAAGGGCAAGCUGGAGCUGGUGAACAACCGUUUCAACAUGCCAACCCAAGAGGACCUUGUCUACGUCGACCCCAGCCCGGACUAUUGCCUGCGCAAUGAGACCACUGGCUCUCUGGGCACCCAGGGCCGACUGUGCAACAAGACCUCGGAGGGCAUGGAUGGGUGUGAGCUGAUGUGCUGCGGACGGGGCUAUGACCAAUUCAAGAGCGUCCAGGUGGAGCGUUGCCACUGCAAGUUCCAUUGGUGCUGUUAUGUCAAGUGUAAAAAGUGCACAGAGAUCGUCGACCAGUACGUCUGUAAAUGAAAAGAGCCACCAAAGCAACAAAUCUAUAUUAUAUAAAUCUAUAUAAAUAUAUUUUAUAUUUGUAUAAAUAAACAGAUGAUGAUAAUAAUUAAAGAAGCUUAUUUAAGAGACAUUUUGGUUUUGACAUUUCCCCCAUCAGGCUGGCUGGUUUGCCAUUGCUGCAGUUCUGCUGGGGAGUUUGCCUUUGGGUGCAUCUCCCCUUGGAUGUUUCAGUCAGGGUGAAGAGGCUGAGGAGCUGCUGACAAAGUGAAGUCCUCCCUGCACACAAGCACAUACUAUUUCAUUACAGAGACAAAGCCAGCAAGAAGGAAAAGAGUGGCUUCUUUCUGCUCUCUCAUCUGUAAAUGUCAGCAUUUUGCAUAGCUAUUGCAUAUCUGAAGUUACAGCCAGACAUGGCUGAGUCCUAGUACCUUGAGUUUCAAACCCUGUCACUCCAGUAAACUCACUGGAGAAUUUGGAACCAAUUCUUGAUCCCUCUAAAGGGCUUUUCAGCAUUAGAGGAAAGGUUAGCCAAGGCUCCUCCUCAAGAAUAUGGCUUAAAAUCCAGAGUCCUGUAAACCAUUCCUGGAGACUUCAUAGACCACAAUGUGGUGGAGGUAGGUUUACAACCUGCUGUUGUGAGGAAGGAAGGUGUGACCUGUGGCUGACCAGUGCGCAGCCUGGGAGUCCCCAUGAAGUCGGCACCCAGCUCUUCUGUACUGCCUGGGCAAAGGGGAAAUUGUCCAGCUCAGACUACAGGGCUAUGUCCAUGAGGGAGAUUUUUUUUUUUUCCUUUUAAUCCCAUGCUGAAACUUAAUUUGUUAAUAUAGAGGAGAAGCUGCCAGUGCCCAGGGAUGUUUGUAAAGGCAAUAUACGUCAUGUUUUCUCAGUAGAAAGAAGCAUUGCAUGCACAUGUGCACAUGACUGCAUAAGCACUCCUCAUACCUCUGCUGGUUUUCCUCUUUGAAGUGGAUGCAGGUGGUCACCUUGUUCAGCUCUAUUAAGUCCUCCUCGUCACCAUCCCAGAUGUAUAGUUUCUCUUCAACAUUAAACACCCCUCAAUGACA